CAGAGAUUCUACUGACGCGUCAUACGCUUUUGAUAUUAUUUUACGGUCUCCAUUCGACACAGGAUCAGUGCUUCUUUGUUUGACCAGUGCUAAGUGAAUUCGGUGAAUUGGUGGAGUUAUUGGGGCCCCAAAGGUCAAGUGAAUCGAAUAAACAAUGAAAGAUGGAAACCACAAAGACUACGGCGUAAUCAACUGUUGGAAUUAUGGCACACCCAGCCAUUCCUCCACUUCCAUCACGAUAAACCUUUCGAGUAAUAUUUUAUUCAUGUAAUGGUACCGUGAAAAUCACUCAUCAUAAAAAAAUGGCUGUCUCGGUUAAUAUUCAGUGAUCAGUGACUGUGUGUUGCCCAAUUGGUGUCAUAAUAACCAAAGAAAAUCAGGUCCAGGACAUUGGAGCUGGAAUGCACCACGAUCGAGUAUGAAAUCCACUUGAUUCAAGCUUUUUUUGUGUAAUACAUGAUAUAUCAAUCGAUGGAUAUAUUUGAUAGCAGUAUUUUCCCGCAGACACUAACGACAUGCUCGAAAAUAUCAAGAUCACCCAGAAGACAACCAGAAAUUCUGUGGAAAUGCCGGUUCAACAUGAAUGGAAUUUUGUCUGAAAGGCCAACUUCAGUCGUAAAUUGAAUGGGAAAACAAAUAAAAGUCAUUUUUGCAAACAGAGAGGAACAUAAAAAUUCCUUCAACGGAAAAGGACCACCGAACAAGGAGGGCGUUUACUCAAGCAUCAAUAAAAUGCAAAGACAGAAAGAUAAAGUAGAAGAUGAGUUUGGGGGGGAUUCGAAGCGAGGAUACCUGGAUGCUGCGUCCAGCGACGAGGACGAAUCCCGAGUGGAUGCUCUGGGAGCCUUUGGUGAUAACAGAGAUUCAGUGUCCAGAAUUUUUUAUGAUGAUGAGGAACUCCAACGAAUAAUUGAUCACAUGAAAAAUUUGACGACUAUUGGAGGGAUUGAAAAUGAGGAUUGGAGUGGGGAGACGCUGUCGAUAAUGAGAGAUUUUAUUGAAUUACCAGGAGAAAAAAUUUUGUCGAUUUAUUUCCGAGGAAAUGUUCUCAAAGCAGAAUUGAACAUCCCAUCAACACCAGUUUACGAAAUGACGUACUUCAUUCGUAAAUCCACGGAAGUUCUGCAGUAUGAAAAUUUUCAAAAAGCUGUUCUAUUUGGUACAAAUAAUGACAAAGUUGAAGGGAAUGUACAAACGAUUGUGGAUACCUUGCUGGCACCGAUAUGCUUUCGAAUGAAGGAAUGGCCCGACAGCGUGAAAGCUGAUUUUUGUGAUGCACUUCACGAAUAUUUAUACAAAGUCAAUGAUCUGAGAUUCAAAAUGUACAGCCUGACAAUGCUGUACUUACCCCGCGAGGGUAUCGACAUGACUAUUGAAGAAGCAUCUACGAGUCAGGACUUCGUACAACGUCUUGAGGGAAUCGUUGUCCAUUGGAUGAAGCAAAUGAGACUGACUAUUAAUGACUAUGAACAAUUCACGAGCCAAGAGCUUUUGUGUCUCAUCGAUGAGUACGACUUUUGGAUUUACCGAUAUGAGAAUCUGUGCGCGUUGAAUUACCAACUCCAGAGUCCUGCUGUGGAUCGAAUUCUGAAUAUUCUGAAAACAUCUGAUUCUACUUACUUCCGGCCAUUCAUGAGUUUGCACAGAGAAAUCAAUGGUGAUAUCGAGGAGGCAAAAUCAAAUAUAACAUUUCUGGAGAUUCUAAGAGAUGCUUCUGCCGGAUUGAACAACUGUUACAAUCUUGAAGACAUAUCAAAACAUAUAUUGAGGAUUCUGCACUUGUUUCGUUUUAUCUGGCUUAAUUCACCGUUUUACAAUACACAAGAGAGGAUGACCCACUUAUUCAUCCUUCUCAACAAUCAGAUCAUACUUGUAUGUCAUCGAUUUCUCGAUCCUCGUAAAAUUCUCAUGACUGGAAGUACUCGAUGGGGUAUGAAAAUGCUGGAGCGAGCCACUGAUGUUUGCAGAUAUUAUAAGAAAAUUUAUGUUCAGUUUGUCAAUGCUUGUGAUACAUCAACGACACGUCCAUGGACAUUGAAGCCGGAGAAUGUAUUCCGGAAUGUUGACGUUUUUCUUGAGAGGUGCCGGGAUUUUUAUGAAAUUUGCCGAGCUGCCAUUGACUUUGCGAGAUUGGAUGAAACAGUGACCAUCCCCGUGCCGUCCUUUGGUGGUACACAAGGUCAGGAUCAUCAAAAAGUCUGCAUGAAAGUAGAGAAUAUCUUCCGCGAUCAUCUCCAUCAUCUGUACGAAAAUUCCCGGAAGAUGUUCUCCGUUCAAGAAGUUACUUGGCACGAUGAUAUGUCAACAUUCCGAGCCAAAACAAAGGACCUCGAUAUUAUGAUCCAGAAUCUGAUGAAUGUCACUUUCAAAGGCAUCAACAACGUCGGAGAAGCUGUGGCUUACCUUUACGGAUUACGUAUGUACAUGAACCGAAACAGUUUGAUGACGCAUUUCAACGGAAUGAUCACAUCCAUUUGGCGAUCGUUCUCAAAGGAAUCUCAAACAAUAAAGCAAGAACUUCUCAAGGAAACCUCGGAGUAUCCUUCGAGUUGUCCGUAUUUUUCUGGUAGAGCACUGAAUCUGCUGUUCAAAUCCAAACGACUAAAGGCUGUGAAGGAUCUCCUGGAAAAUGCUGAAUGGAUGGGUUAUUGUACGAUUAGUGAUGAAGUGUAUCAUCAGACUGAUGUGCUGCUUGGCUCGAUCAACGAUAUGAUCGUUGGAAUCCAUCACCAGUGGAUGGAUGACAUUGACAGCAAUCCACAGAGUGGACUUGACCGGUACCUGAUGCGACAAAACAGUGAUAAGCUUGGAACUCUGGAGACGAAUCUUGAUUAUAAUGCACUGAAUUUAUGCUACGAGGCCAGUAUUUGGCGUUACCUGGGCUUUCAGAUACCAGUGUAUGUUGAAAUUAUCAUUGACAAAUGGCCGAUACUGCAGUUUGUUUCCGAGAGUGUUCUCAUGCUCGUCUCAACAUACAACAAAGUAAUCGAAGCUUUGUCAAGUGAAGAGAAGAUUUUGUUCAAACCUCUGCUGAAAAUUCAAGACCGUGAGCUCAGGGCAGGACUGAGCAAACUCACGUGGAAUUCGGAGUUUAUUGAUACAUACAUUAAAGGAUGCUGGACACAUAUGAGAAAAUUACAGAAUUUCCUGGACAUCUACAAAAUCUCAAACAGAGCGAUACUCAAUAUCUGCGAGGAGAUAUCUCUCAUGAAGAUUGUUGAUGUCAAACCAAAUUAUAUUUACACAAUUCAAGAAUUCGUCAAUGAACUCCGCACAAAUAGCAUCGAGGCAAUUUCUACACCUCCAGGCUAUUUUCAAGUAACAACACAAUAA